CCUCUGCAUUUACAGCACCUUCAAUGUCACAUUUGUUGUGUGUAAAGAAGCUGGAUGUCUGACAGCGAAUUUGUUUUUUAAACCUAUCAAACAUGUAUAAACUAAAUUGUAUAUCAGUUAGUUCUGUGGGCAACGUAUGCCGACAGCUUGCUGCCUCCCUAAAUGCAAAUGGUAGUUCUCUGUGUGGAAGCUCUGAGCUGCAGCGGACACUGUGUACCGGUGCUGUCCGACUUCAGGAGACCGUAGCAUCCGCCACAGAGUCUGGGAAAUCCUCCAGAGACUCCAGCCAUUUUCCUCCACUGCCUGGCCAGGAAAGUUCACUGAGAUGGGGUGGAAAGAAGUUUGAGGAGUUACCAAUCGCUCACAUUAAAGCCACAUACAACAACACACACAUCCAGCUGACAGAGAGCACAGGACAGUCGCUUGUCAGGACGUCCUGCGGAACUGAAGGCUUCAAGAACAUCAAGAAGUCUACGCCCAUCGCUGCUCAGACUGCCGGCAUCUCUGCUGCUGCGAAAGCCACAGCCAAGGGCGUGACGUUUGUCCGUGUCGUGGUCAAAGGCCUUGGCCCUGGACGUCAGUCUGCGAUCAAAGGCUUGACAAUGGGAGGCCUGGAGGUGGUAUCGAUCACCGACAACACCCCCGUGCCGCACAACGGAUGCCGCCCACGCAAAGCCAGAAGGACGUGAUCUCCGCGAACCAGAAUGCACUGCAGCAGGAGGAAGCGGUUGUUGUUGUAAUAUGCUAAUAAAGUGUUUUGUUGUUACAUAA